CCUGCGCCGCCUGCGCUGCCCCGAGCCCCACGCCGCCAUCCUGGCCGCCAGGCUGGUGUCCUCGGUGCAGGCGGUGAUGGCCUCCACCGCCGGGUACAUCAUCUCCUCCUCCUGCCACCACGUCAUCGAUGACCAGCACUGGCUGGCAGGGGCGUACCCCCAAUUCGCCGUCCCCUACUUCAUCUACGACAUCUACGCCAUGUUCCUGUGUCACUGGCACCGGGGACGGGUGAAGGGACACGAGGUGGCACCUCCUCCGUCCCUGAGGGCGGCCGCCGGCUCCUACCUACGCAAGGACCUCCUGAUGGUGCUCCACCACGCCGCCAUGGUGCUCGUCUGCUUCCCUGUGGCCACCCUGUGGCGCCAGGGGAAGGGUGACUUCUUCUUGGGGUGUCUCCUGAUGGCCGAGCUCAGCACCCCCUUCGUCUGCCUGGGCAAGGUCCUCAUCCUGUACAAGCUCCAGGACACGGCUCUCCACAAACUCAACGGGGUGGCGUUGCUGGUGACCUUCCUCCUCUGCCGCGUCCUCCUCUUCCCCUACCUCUACUGGGCCUACGGGCGCCAACGGGGGCUGCCCCUCCUGGGGGUCCCCGCCGCCCUGCCCCCCGCCUACAACGCCGCCGCCGCCGCCCUCCUGGCCCCCCAACUCUACUGGUUCGCCCUCAUCUGCCGGGGGGCCUGGCGCCUCUUCCGUCCCCCGCCCCCCCGCCAGCCCCCCUGA